GUGUAAUCGCCUCUUCCUCCACUCUCUCUCGAUCUGUGUCAUCCCCAAUGAUGCAAAACCGAAUAUUGCAGAAGAAACUCAUAACCAAACCCCCAUUGUUUCCAACUUCAUCUUUCCUUUCCUACCCUUAAAUCAAAGUUUCCAUCUUUGUCCUAAAAUCAAUUGUCGCGACUCGCAAGUUCCUGUCUUUUUUUUCCUCCAGAACAACAAGACUUUAUUCUGGUGGUUAAUGUCAUGAGUAUGAAAACGGUAAAUCUCCUUCUUUUGAUCUUUCUCACACAUGGCUUGUCCUCUUCUCUUGUAAUUGCAUCUUUCUAUGAGCAAAAAUUCGACUUUCGGGGUUCGAUUGGUGAGUACAGAGACGAACCCGGACCGAAAAUCAGUUACGAUCGGAUCAACGAAGUGAAGCGAAAGUGCAAACCAGAGUUAUCUUCAGCUUCUGAAUUGAAGCUCCAUGAAGUCUCUUGGGAUCCUAGAAAAGCUAAGAAGAAGCUCGGUUUCCGAUACGGAGAUUGGAAUCAAGAUCCUGGUGAUUCUCCGAUUCUACCUUUCGAUUCGACGAGCACGCCGAGAAACUCAUCGACGAAGCCUCUGAAUCUGGUUUCUUUCCGGGUCACGGAUCUGGAUCUUCCACAUCGAACCAAGAAAUACGUCGGCGUCAAUGGAGUCUUGCUUCUCGCGAUCACUACAUUUAACGAGCUAAGCUUAAGAUCUCACGGUGUCCGUGAGUUCGAGCUGUGGCCGAGUCAUACUCAGCUCAAGAUCUCUUUCCAAGGGAUCUACUUUGAGAAUGAUGAUGAAGAAGAAAGAGUUUUGUGUAUGCUUGGUGAAACAAUGUUGCCUUCUCGUGAACCUGGUUCAGCUACUGAUCCAUGGCAAUGGGUUAAAGAUCAUGACACACCUCCGCUUUUGCAGGAUGAUCAGAUUAUGCUCGUUCUUCGAUACCCGAAAAGCUUCACAUUGACGAAAAGAUUGAUUCAAGGAGAGCUCAAAAGUCUAAACCAGAAACCAAACCUCAAGUUUUUCGACAAGAUCAAUUUGUUUUCUCAGCUAGGGAGAUCAGCUAGCUACGAUUUCGUCUCUGAUGAUUUGGUACUAAAAGCUUGUGAUCCAUAUCCUUAUAAAAACGGAACCUUUAGUACUAGUAGUAUUGAUGUUUACAAAGGGAAAGGCUUUUGUGAUCUUCUUCAAAGAAUUACUUCUCGUGCGCCUCUCACUGUUGUACCUAACUGGAAAUGCAACGGCACUGAUGAAUUCUGCCGCAAGUUGGGUCCUUUUGCCUCUGAUGGAGAUAUCAAAUCGACGGAUGGUAGCUUCAAAGACGUCAAGCUGUAUAUGCAAAACGUACAUUGCCAAGAACCCUCAGCUCGGUCUGAAUCCGAUGCUGUCACAAAAGUCUCGGCUGUUUUCCGUGCGGUUCACCCGAAUGAGAAUCUUUACAUAUCAGGGUUGAGAUCAGGACUAGACAACAUGACAGUUACUGCUGAAGGGAUUUGGAAACCAUCGAGUGGGCAGUUAUGUAUGGUUGGUUGCAGACGUGGCCAAGUCGAUGGCUGUAAUGCUCGUGUGUGUUUGUAUAUUCCAACUACUUUCUCGAUACAGCAGCGAAGUAUACUCGUUGGAACUUUCUCUUGUUUAAACACUGAGAAGAACUUGACUCCGUCUUUCUUCCCUUUAUCGUUUGAGAAGCUUGUGGAGCCUAUGGAUAUGCAGAACUACUUCCACUCUAAGGUCUCGCAUCCGUUUUAUAGUUACUCCAAGUUUGUGGAAGCUGGUGUUAUCCUUGAGAGAAACCAAGAGUUCUCCUUUGGAACCAUAAUCAAGAAGUCAGUGAUGCAGUUUCCGAAGUUAGAAGAUUCUGAGGAUUAUCUUUCGAGCCUUUCUCUUCUUGCUGAGGAUUUGACUUUCCAUACUCCUGCUUUCACCGACAAGCGUGCCUUGGGAACUGAUAUCGGCAUGGAUGUUCUUUCGCUCGGUCCUUUGUUCGGACUUUUCUGGCGUACUUCGAAUUCUUCGGUUGUGGAACUGGAACAGACUAGUCCUUACAGGACAAAAGCUCAAUACACUGAGAAACAGCUUCUUCUGAAUGUAUCAGCUCAAAUCACACUUACAGGGGAUGGUUUUGGUAACUUCUCUGUUCUCUACUUGGAAGGUCUUUACGAUGAGCAUGUUGGGAAAAUGUAUCUUGUCGGAUGCAGAGACGUGAGAGCCUCGUGGAAAGUCUUGUUUGAGAGUGGUGAUCUUGAAGCCGGUCUAGAUUGUUUGAUAGACGUUGUGGUUUCUUAUCCACCCAUCAAAUCACGGUGGCUGGCUGAUCCAACGGCUAAGGUUUCGAUAUCCAGCAGAAGAUCGGAUGAUGAUCCUCUCCGUUUUAAACAGAUUAAGCUCAAAACAACUCCUAUCUUUUACAGAAGGCAGCGUGAAGACAUUCUCUCACGUGCAGGCGUUGAAGGGAUCCUCAGGGUUCUCACGCUUACUUUCUCUAUCGGUUGCAUCACGAGCCAGCUCUUUUACAUCAUAAGCAAUACCGACUCGGUUUCUUUCAUUUCGCUCGUUAUGCUUGGAGUUCAAGCUCUUGGUUAUAGCUUGCCGUUGAUCACCGGAGCAGAAGCUCUCUUUAAAAGAAAAGCAGCUUCAGCAACGACGUAUGAAACACCUUCAUAUGAUAUACAGAGAAGUCAAUGGUUCAAUGUGAUUGAUUACACCGUCAAGCUCCUCGUGAUGGUCUGCUUUCUUCUAACUUUAAGGCUUUGUCAGAAAGUGUGGAAGUCCCGUGUCAGAUUGCUCACUCGAACACCUCGAGAACCGCAUAAAGUUCCAAGUGAUCGGCGUGUGCUUCUCAUCACUGUGAUCUUACACGCACUAGGAUACAUACUUGCUCUGAUUAUGAAUCCCGCAAGGAAACAGAGAGUAACUGUAGUUCUUGAAAGUUAUACACCUGCCGCUGCAAAUUGGUGGCAAACCGAAACAGAGGAGUACAUUGGUUUGGUUCAAGAUUUCUUCUUGCUCCCUCAGGUUAUUGCUAAUUUUUUGUGGCAGAUCGAUUCUCAGCAACCACUAAGGAAGCUAUAUUACUUGGGGAUCACGCUGGUGAGGCUUUUCCCGCACGUCUAUGACUACAUCAUUGGCUCUGUUCCUGAUCCUUACUUCAUUGGAGAAGAACACGAGUUUGUUAAUCCGAAUUUCGAUUUCUUCUCCAAGUUUGGGGAUAUCUCGAUACCCUUUACAGCGAUUCUACUUGCAGUCAUUGUGUUUGUUCAGCAGAGAUGGGACUAUGACAAGCUUUCACAAGCUUUAACCUUUGGACGGUUUAAGAUCCUCCCUUCUCGUUCUGUUAAGUAUGAAAGAGUAAUGUCUCAACCAACAGAAUCUGAAAUGGUUCCUAGAGUCAAUGGAAAUCGUGGUGAUGAAGAAUGAUCUGUUUUUUUUUUCUCUCUCGAUUUUGUGCUAAUAUUGAUGUCUGAAUCCAACCAAGAUAUGGAUCAUGUCCUUGUGACCCACCAAUGUAAGUAUAUAUAUGUUGUCCUGAGUAAGAAGAUUACACUUAUUUUUUCUCUUUUAAGAUUAUUACAUUUCACAUUUGUGAAGCUUUAGAAAUACCGCAAUAGGCU